AUGGAAGACUGCUCGGUAAACCCGGAGGCAGCUGAUGAGGCUGACCGAAACAGAGUUGACAGUAGUGAAACUGGAAGCUUUUUAGGGGAGUUACAUGGAAUCCCAGUGCUUCUUAAGGAUACAUUUGGGACAAAGGAUAAGUUGAAUACUACUGCGGGUUCAUAUGCUCUGCUGGGAUCUGAUUCUGAAGUGAGGCGAGAUGCUGGAGUGGUGGAGAAAUUGAGAAAUGCAGGUGCUAUUAUUUUGGGAAAAGCUAGUAUGAUUGAAUGGUACGAGUUUCGUUCUCUCAGUGGAGUUCCUAAUGGCUGGUGUGCUCGAUCUGGACAAGGAGUGAAUCCAUAUUGCCCGUCUGGAUCACCAUGUGGAUCAAGUAGUGGCUGUGCAAUAUCUGUUGCUGCAAAUAUGGCAGCAGUCUCUCUUGGGACUGAAACUCACUGCUCCAUCAUCUGUCCAGCGGAUCAUAACUCAGUUGUACGGCUGAAACCUACUGUUGGGCUCACAAGUUGGGCAGGGAUCAUACCAAUGACGCCCCACUGGGACACUGUUGGGCCUAUAUGCAGGAAUGUUACAGAUGCAGUUUACAUGCUUGAUGUAAUUGUUGGAUCAGAUCCAAGAGAUGAAGUCACCACGGAAGCAGCUAAAUAUAUUCCUGAGGGUGGCUACAAACAGUUUCUCGUGGAAGACGGUCUAAAAGGGAAGUGA